AUGGCUACUACAAUAUUGGAACUAACUACGAGAAGAACUAUUAUUACUCAAACGCUAUAUGGAAACCCAUCAGAGACUAUCCAUUCAAUAAGAGUAAAUAUAUGAUUCUGAAUUUCUUCUAUUCAUCAUCAUAAAAAGAACGCUUUACUAAUUUUAACUUUAGAACUCAAAUUAUAAAAGUGCAUCGUCUGAGACUGGGCACAAUACUGAAAAUAGGGAAGUUUGUGUUCAAGGUUAUCGAUAUAAACACCUCUCUUAGUGAGAUACCAAAUCCUUCUAGUGGGGGGAAAAUCAAUGAUGAUGCAGGCAAUAUAUUUGAAGACUAUGAAGGAAGUGACAUCGACAAUGUGUCUGAUUGCUCCAUUCCUAAUAUUGUUAAGCCAGAGUCAAAGAAUAAACAGAGGAGAAGCCACAAGUGAUGCAGGAUUUGAUUGAAUAAAGAAGACACUCCUGAUAAUCCCUUAAUUGAGCCUUGAAAAUGCUCCGGCACUAUGAAGAGUAUUCAUGUCGAAUGUCUGAGAGAAUGGCUUAAUAGCAACAAAUAAAGUUAAAAAGAACGGUCAUCAUACUAUUGUUAUCUUUACAACUACAAAGUGUGAGCUCUGUCAGUAUGAUUUUCCAAUGAGAAUGAAAUAAAGGACAGGAAAUUAUUGAACUAUUGUCAUAUUAUAAACCCAAAGCUCCCAAUUACUUUGUAUUGGAAGCACUAAUGCCUGAAGAAGUUUUUGAAGAUAAUAUUAAAGUUUAUCAUACUUUUGAGUUCAAAGAAAAAACUAAGAUAUCACUUGGAAGAAAGAAAGAGACUACAUGAAAAAUCUCUGACUUGAGCGUUUCAAAAUUCCAAUGAAAUUUUCAUCUUAUUGAAGAUUCCAAAAUCUUUGUUGAAGAUACUAAUUCAAAGUAUGGCACCCUUGUUUUGAUGAAGAAACCUAUUAAAAUAAAAAUUGGAGACCCUCCUAUAUGAGUACAAGUAGGAAGAACAUACUUAAAAAUCGAGUGUAAAACCUUUUCCUCCUGCUGAUCAACUCUACUUAAACCUUCAGGAAUAAAAAUUGGAACUACUAGUUGGAUGGUAUUGAUGGCAGAUUUCCCAGAGGAAAUUACCAAAGAGUUCCAGAAGAAAAGAAAGUUCGACCUAAAUAAAAUGACUCUAUCAAACAGAGGAAUUGGACAGUCAAAUACAUCUUUAGACGGAUAUCAGUACGAGUUAACCAAUAAAAACCUUAGAGAUAGAGAACAGGCAAGCUUAUAGGUUG